GAACAGCAGGCGGAGGCGUUUCCCUCGACGCUGCUUCGUGACCUUUUUUUAUUGUUUCGUGACUUCAGUCACUCACUCACGCUGAAAAUGUUUCGACACUUUCUGACUCUGCAGCAGGUUUCCAGACGGCAGAUCUCCAGCACCGUCCGCAGACAGCUGGUCAACAAUGUGCCGGACAAACAGAAACUCUUUCAGGAGGCCAAUGGGAUUCCGGUUCAUCUGAAGGGAGGAGUCGGUGACGCUGUUCUUUACCAUGCAACUAUGGGUCUCACAGUACUAGGAACUGCAUAUGUCAUAUAUGAACUAGUAAAGGCAGCUCUCCCUCAGAAGAAGGACUGAUGUCAGCUCCUGCCCUCAUUUCUGUGGAAAUGUGACGUUAUGAGCGUAAAAUAUAUUUAUUCCUUAAUUUGGAAGGUAAAAGGGACCAAAUUGAUUUGAAUAAAAGAAACGGUGCCUGUCUUUAACAGACAAAUCCUGAUUGUUGCACUUUACUCAUUA